GUAUUAAAAAAAGAAAAAGAAAAUCCCCACCCAAACCCUAGCCCCGCGCCGCUCCCUAUCCCUCUCCCGCCUCCUCCCCCUCGCGCCGUCGCCAUCGCCUCGCGCCGCCGUCUCCGAGCGCCUCCGCCUCGUAAAAGUCAAAACCGUGUGCAGCCCUAGAAAGCCGCACAAGCUGCAAAACCCUCCUCGUCUACCCUUCCCUCUCUGCUCGCCGCCGCCGCCGCCGCCGCACGCCUUCGAAGAUGCUCGACAUCAACCUCUUCCGCACGGAGAAGGGCGGCGACCCGGAGCUGAUCCGCAGGUCGCAGCGCAACCGCUCCGCCUCCGUCGAGCUCGUCGACGAGGUCAUCGCCCUCGACGACCAGUGGCGCCAGAGGCAAUUCGAGCUCGACAAAAUCCGGCAGGAGCUCAACAAAACCAGCAAGGAAAUCGGCAAGCUCAAGGCUAAAAAGGAGGACGCGUCGGCUCUGAUUCAGAGCACGGAAGAGAUUAAGAAGAGGUUGGCUGCCAAGGAGACGGAGGUGCAGGAGGCCAAGGGCACGCUCGAUGCCAAGCUCGUGACGAUUGGAAACAUUGUGCAUGAAUCCGUCCCUGUCAGCGAUGACGAGGCUAACAAUUUAAUUGUACGGACAUGGGGAGAGAGGAGGCUGGAGGGUAAUUUGAAGAAUCACGUGGAUCUUUGUAAGAUGCUUGACAUAGUAGCUUUGGAGAAAGGUGCUGAUGUAGCAGGUGGAAGGGGUUACUAUUUAAAGGAUGAAGGUGUCCUACUGAACUUGGCAUUGAUAAAUUUUGGACUCGCUUUUCUGAGAAAGCGAGGCUUCAAGCCAAUGCAAACUCCUUUUUUCAUGAGAAAGGAAACCAUGGGAAAAUGUGCCCAGUUGGCCCAAUUUGACGAAGAGCUUUACAAGCUAACAGGCGAUGGAGAGGAAAAGUAUCUCAUCGCUACAUCCGAGCAACCGCUGUGUGCGUAUCAUCUAGGUGAUCGAAUUUAUCCUGCUGAAUUGCCAAUUAGAUAUGCUGGAUAUUCCACCUGCUUCCGGAAAGAAGCUGGUUCACAUGGAAGGGACACGGCUGGUAUCUUCAGAGUCCACCAAUUCGAAAAGAUUGAGCAAUUCUGUGUUACAAGUCCAAAUGACAAUGAAUCCUGGGAGAUGCAUGAAGAAAUGAUAAAAAAUUCAGAAGAUUUCUACAAGGAGAUUGGCCUACCGUACCAACUUGUCUCCAUUGUGUCUGGUGCUCUUAAUGAUGCUGCAGCUAAGAAGUAUGAUUUAGAAGCAUGGUUCCCUGCAUCAAAAACCUAUAGGGAAUUAGUGUCCUGCUCAAAUUGCACAGAUUUUCAAGCAAGGAGACUUGGUAUAGGUUAUGGCCAGAAAAAGAAUGAUGAGCAAUCCAAGCAAUUCGUUCAUAUGUUGAACUCAACAUUGACUGCCACUGAGAGGACCCUUUGCUGUAUUUUGGAGAACUUCCAGAAGGAGAAUGGUGUCGAAGUUCCAAAAGCAUUGCAGCCUUACAUGGGUGGAAUCGAUUUCCUUCCUUUCAAGCUGGAUAGCAAACAAGUUGCUCGACUCCAAAUCAAAUAAUCCAAAUUCAAAGGGAGAUGCUAUCUGAGCUAGAUGAGGAAUCAACAAAGAUUUUCUUGCUUUCAGACACUACUGGAUGUUAUUCAUACUUCUAAAAAAUGCGUUUGUUCAGAACUUGUAUCAAUGAUCAUGAUGUUACAGUUUUGGCUCUCAUUUGAGUGUAUUGAUUAGCACAAUGUCUGACCAUGUACUUGCACAGUGAUAUUCCGUAGAAUGUCUGGCUAUCUUGGACAUGUGCGCUUAAUUUGCCGUAAAAGAUGUAUUCAUUUUCAUGGCCUUUAGUGCCUAUACUAAUUUGUUGCAUACAGUAAAGCUCUACUUGUCUUAA